AUGUCUUGUCAAUUCAACUUUUUAAUGAAUGCCGACCCCUUCCAAGGGGCGUCGGCCAAUGACGCUUCCCAGCCAGUCUCUAUGGUUCUUGGUGAAAACGUCUUUGAUAUGUUCUCUCAAAAAGACUCCUUCAUUAGCUUGCCGUUAGGCCAGGCGGGAUCAGCCGAGUUGGCAAUCACUGCCGAGUCUCCAAUCUCCAGUGUUCCUUCCAGCUCCAGCUUGUCUCCAAUCUCCUUGCUUUCCAUGGCUGCCGAUGAUCAAUUGAACUCGAACUCAACUUCGAACUCUCCAAUGUUUCAAGAUCUUGAAUUGGAACCAGAAACUUGGGGUCCACUUUUUGAAGACAUUGCUUCUCCUACACACAACGGGGAGAUUUCCAAUGUUGUUGAAGACAUUCAAUUAAAUGACGUCAUUUCUGAAGCAGUUGCCAAUGUUGUCAAAGUCAAGGAAGAGCUAAAUGAAUCAUCUUUGUUGACUAAUGCCAAGCCGCUUUUCAAGCGUUCAGCGGUGAAUGUUGAGUCUCAAACUGAGGCUCAGCAACAACCUCCAAACAAACGCAAGAAGUCAACAAAGAUGGAUCACUUGGGAUGCGUUUCUUACAACCGUAAGCAACGUUCUGCUCCUUUGAACCCAAUUGUGAUUCCAAACAAUGCUGACAAUGCUGCUGUUAAGAGAGCCAGAAACACUGAAGCUGCUAGAAGAAGUAGAGCUAGAAAGAUGGAAAGAAUGAAUCAACUAGAAGAAAAAGUUGAAGUCUUAUUGAAUAAAAAUGAUGAAUUGCAAAAGGAAGUUGAAAGAUUGAGAGCUCUUUUAGGUGAAAGAGCAAAUUAA